AUGACGCCACAUCCACAACAGGCGGCGCAGGAACACUCGCUUCGUGACCCGGAUGAAUUUUGGUCUGGUCCUGCGGAGCGUCUCCACUGGCACCGUAAGCCAUCCAGAGCUCUGACACUCCAAUCCAAGACCCUCCCUAGUGGGGUCCAGCAUGAGCAUUGGUCCUGGUUUGCCGAUGGUGAGAUCUCCACGACCUACAACUGUGUAGAUCGUCAUGUGCACAAUGGCCUUGGAGACCAAAUUGCCAUAAUCUGGGAAUCACCAGUCACGCGGACCACAGAGAAGUUAUCAUACAGGCAGUUACUGGAUGAGGUCGAGGUUCUUGCGGGGGUUCUACGCGAGGAGGGGGUCCACAAAGGCGACGUGGUGAUCAUUUACAUGCCGAUGAUACCCGCGGCGCUCAUCGCCGCGCUUGCAAUUACCCGUCUGGGCGCCAUCCAUGCAGCUGUCUUUGGUGGAUUCGCCGCCCAGUCGCUAGCGCAGCGCAUUGAGGCUGCACGUCCCCGUGCCAUCAUGACUGCCUCGUGCGGAGUCGAGGGCUCCAAGGGACCAAUUUCAUACCGGCCAUUGGUGGAAGGGGCGGUUGCAGCGAGCAAGUUCAAGCCCAGCAAGGUGAUUAUCUGGCAGCGAGACCAACUACGCUGGAAUCAGCCUGAUAAGCUCGGCGGCCAGCGUAACUGGCAGCGACUGGUCAAAAGUGCCCGCAUGCGUGGGAUUCGGGCCGGCCCGGUACCUGUCAAGAGCACUGAUGGACUCUAUAUCAUCUACACUAGUGGCACCACUGGGUUGCCCAAGGGGGUUCUUCGAGAGGCUGGUGGUCAUGCCGUCGGACUUGAACUAUCGAUUCGGUCUUUGUUCGGGAUUAAAGGUCCGGGGGAUGUGAUGUUCUGUGCUUCUGACAUUGGUUGGGUGGUCGGGCACUCAUACAUUUUAUAUGCACCGCUGCUGGUCGGCGCAACGACAGUUCUCUUUGAGGGUAAGCCGAUUGGCACACCUGAUGCAGGGGUGUUCUGGCGUAUUAUUGAGAAGCAUUCUGUCAAUGUCUUGUUCACAGCACCAACAGCCAUGCGGGCCAUCCGCAAAGAUGAUCCGAAUGACAAGCUUUUGAAGGAGGUUGGACAGCGUGGCGGGCUGAAGUCUCUUCGGGCACUGUUCCUCGCGGGAGAACGAAGUGAGCCUAGUAUUGUACGGACGUAUCAGGAUCUUCUGACACAGUUUGCUGCACCGGGUGCUCUCGUCAUUGAUAAUUGGUGGUCGUCUGAAUCCGGAUCACCCAUCACUGGAUUGGCACUGAACAGCAGUGCUGCCAUUGGCAAAGUAGCUGCGGUGGCCGAUCAUCCACUGGCUAUUCGGCCCGGGUCAGCAGGUAUGCCAAUGCCCGGGUUUGACGUACGCAUUGUCGACGACGAGGGUAAGGAGGUCCCUCGCGGAAUAAUGGGGAACAUCGUCAUGGCUCUGCCAUUGGCACCGACGGCAUUCACAAGCCUGUUCGAAGAUGAGGAAAGAUUCUACCAUGGAUAUCUCAAGCGGUUCAAAGGACGAUGGCUCGAUACCGGAGAUGCAGGAUUAGUUGACAAAGAUGGAUAUGUGCACGUCAUGUCUCGAUCGGACGAUAUAAUAAAUGUAGCCGCUCACCGUUUUAGCACAGGCGCGAUCGAACAGGCAAUACUAACUCACCCAUCCAUAAAUGAAGCCACCGUCGUGGGCAUACCAGACUCACUCAAGGGCCACCUCCCCUUCGCAUUCAUUCAACCUCGUCCUGGCGCUGAUUCCACAGAUCCAUUAUCCGUAACACCCACCACAAAGCUCUUCAAUGACGUCAACGCCUUGGUGCGGGAACAAAUCGGUGCCAUCGCCUCGCUGGGCGGCAUGAUCCAGGGUCGGGGAAUGAUUCCUAAGACCCGAAGCGGGAAGACAUUACGGCGCGUGCUACGGCAGUUGGUGGAGCAUGGUGUGGAGGGGCGGUAUGAUGCGCCUGUUAGUGUACCGCCGACUAUUGAAGACGUAGAUGUUGUUGAGGUUGCGAGGGGUAGGGUGAAAGAGUAUUUUGAGGAGAGGAUAAAGGCGAAGCUUUAG